AUAAGAGGAGUAGAAGAAGAAAUUAACCCCCCUAGCAAUUUGUUCUAACAAGAGCAGUGCUGGAUCGGUUGUAAAAUCUAGGCCGAUAAGCGCCAUACCUACUUAGAAAGGUAAUUGUACGCCUAAAUUGUUCGUGCCUCGUUGUCUUUCAAUGUCGUCCUUUUUCUUUGCAAAUUUUCUCUGGAUAAGAAGAACUGUAUGCAAAUGAUAACGUUAGCUUUUUUAGCUCGACUAGCUGACCUCUCGGUGGACAAAGACGAUAUCUUGUGUUCAAACCUGUUUGUAAAUCUAUUUCAUUUACGGAAUUUCACAAUAAAUCCACUACAUUACAAUAAAUGAAUAUGGCCCAUCACUUUUAGUUGCUUGAAUGUUUAUUUAAUGUUUUUUUUAAUUUCGAAACUACCAGCACGCGGCCUUGUUAGCCAAUGCUAGCUUAAAAUUAGCGUCGACAUUGUUUUAGUGCAGAAGCGUUCGUUUCUUCUCUGAUUUUUUUGUUUCUGUUUUCAGGCAGCUUGUAGCCAUUCGACUUUGUGUCGCUUUGAUUAUUUAGAAUUAGUACUUUAGUCUUCUAAAAAAAAAUCAGCUUUUAGUCCCGGGGAGACACGCCUAUCGUUUUCAUCUGCACAUAGGGAAUUGUCAAACCCCAGUUGUGUUGCAUCACAAUUGUGACAACUACUUUGCUCAUUGUUCAAUGUAAAUGCUGUUAUUGUUUUACUUCUAAGUUACUGCUGUAAUUGGGCCUCUGUGGUCUCCACACGUGUUUCCCUGCUGAACUGCUCUGGAGGACCUGAAGACUGUCCACUCCCACAUGUAAAAAGCAACAGUUGAACUUAAUCUCCAAGUGCCCCCCAUUCUGUGUCAGCAGCAUCAUCCUUCAAGCACCAUGUCUGAUGGCCGCAUCUAUAUUGGGAAUCUUCCCAUAGACGUCCAGGAGAGAGACAUAGAAGAUCUCUUCUUUAAAUAUGGAAAAAUUCGUGAAAUUGAACUGAAGAAUAACAGAGGAACAAUUCCUUUUGCCUUCAUCCGAUUUGAAGAUCCACGGGAUGCGGAUGAUGCUGUAUAUGGAAGGAAUGGAUAUGUAUAUGGAAACUCCAAACUCCGUGUGGAGUAUCCUCGGUCCACUGGUGGUAAACCUGUCCCAAUGGGCCCAGGUGGAGCUGGACCAAGAGGAAGGUUUGGACCCCCCACUCGAAGAUCUGAAUUCCGGGUCAUAGUGACUGGGUUGCCUCCAACUGGGAGCUGGCAGGAUCUGAAAGAUCACAUGCGGGAAGCAGGAGAUGUUUGUUUUGCAGAUGUCCAGCGAGACGGAGAAGGUGUAGUGGAAUUUCUCCGUAGGGAGGACAUGGAGUAUGCUUUACGCAGACUGGACCGGACUGAGUUUCGUUCUCAUCAGGGCGAAACCUCUUACAUCCGCGUCUUUGAGGAUCGAGGAGCCUCCAACUGGGCUCGGUCACGCUCUCGUUCCAGAUCCAGAGGUCGCUACUCUCCUCCGUUCUACAACAGAGGCUCCCCUCCUCCUCGCUACCAGUCACCACCGCGCCAUGCCAUGAGGCACAGCCCACCCCCUAGGAGGCACCCCCCUCAGCACAGCCCCCUGCCACGCCAUUACAGAUAAAAAGGCUCAUAUUUUUUUCCUUCAAUAUUUGGAGUAAAUGUUUUGUAAUUCAGCAUUUUAUCUCAUGUUUUUUUCCUUGAUGUUAGGCGUUCUCACAGGACUCUCGAUCGUUAAAAGAACCCAAACAUUCCAUGGUCACCGGCGCCUUCCCACAGCUUUAACUAGAAAAAUGGUUUGCUUUUAAACACGUAUGUGUCAUCUCCAAGCAGCAUUGGUGGCUUUGAAUUUAAACCUUAACUGACAGCUUUUUUUUUUUUUUUAAUAAAAUUGACUGAUGACUGAAUGUCAUAUCAUAUUUUGACGAAACUUUUGUCACAUUUCAGUAGCUUCCUGACUUGGUGAUUCUCCGAAUGUCUGGAGCUAAUGAUUAUUGUAAAAAAAGUUAAACUUUAGUGUGACUUUGAGUGUUCUUCCCCUCACUUCUCUUUUUAAGUUUAACCUGGUGGCCAGUGAGUGAAAACUGUUUGUUUGCAUCUUAUGUUCACGUUUUCUUAUUAAAUAAAAUCCAAACUUUUACAAA